UGGGAAGAGAGAGAAAGCUGCAUCCGGAGGUUUAUAAACCUGGAAGAGAGAGAGAGAGAGAGAGAGAGAGAGAGAGAGAUGACGGUGGUCGUGGACAGCAUAAAAUUCAGAGCUCGAGAUUACGGCGCCGAGCAAGCUGCCUAUUCGCUUCCUCGCGUACCCACCGAAAAUCAUCCUCUCGCUGCUCACCGUUCCUCCCACCAGGUUGAUUCUGCAUAUCAUGAGAAGGGUGAUUUUUAUGACCCUUUAAGAGGUCCUCCUGGGAAUUUGGUUUCUGACCAGAAUGUACAGAAUACACAUGAAACUACUAUAAGAGAAUCCCCAAAUGAAGCAAAUCAAUUGUCAUCAAAAGGAUGGGCCGCUUUUAGGAGAUCCUUGAUGCAAAAGUUUUCCCUCGCCCAAACCGUUUCUAUUUCAUCAAUGUCUGAUGUUAUAAUAAAGGGUGGCAAAGAGAAAUCUUUGACCAGUCUGCAUCUCGAGGAGCUGGAAUAUCCACAAAGAAUUGCUAAAGAGGAGGUCAAAGUUGUUACACGACAAGAAUACAUUUCACGAUUACAUGAACUUAAAGAUGAGAUAAGCCGUGCAUGGCAAGCCGAAGACCGUGUAGCAUCUCUUAGAUUAUCUAUCAAGGUUGCCAGGCUCCUGAUGGACACAUCUGUUUUACAAUUUUAUCCUACACUAUUUAUUUUAGUUACAGAUGUAAUGGAUAUGCUUGGUGAUAUGGUGUGGGAACGCAUCAAAAGAAGGGCAGAAUUUUCUGAUAAUGGAACUUUAAUAUGCUGUUUGCCAGAAAACUUUAAAGCCAGUGAUGUUUCCAUUGAUGCCAAGGAAACCUGUAAUAACUGGUUCUGUAAAAUCGGUUCCAUCCGUGAGCUUCUUCCACGAAUUUAUUUGGAGCUGGCCAUUUUGCGAUGUUACCGCUUCCUGUACGACGGCUACACAGAUACCCUUCAGCGUUUGACUAUGAUGAUAAGAGGUGUAGCAGAUCCAAUAGCAUCUGCCUACUGCCGUCUAUAUUUGGCCCACUGUGCACUGAGAUUACCUCCAUGUGAUAUAGGAUUUCUCAUUAUUUCAAUUAAGGACAUCACUACUCUAUUGACACGGAUUAUUACGGGAAAUCAAAGCAGUCAUGGAAAUUCUUCUGAGAAUAGAAAGUUGCUUAUCGCCUUGUUGGAGCCUACCAUUGAAUGGAUUACAAAAUGCAUAUUUAAGCACACUUUUCAGUGGAAGGUCAAUGAUAUUCUUGUGGAGCUUGGAUUGUGGACGAAUCUAUCAAAGAUGACUGGGAAUGUCCCAUUUAUUUCAAUAGUCUUGUAUCACCUCCUCAAGGAACUUCCAGAUGAAGUUGUUUAUAGUAAUGCCUUGGAGAUUGUACAUCUGAUUGAGUGCAGUAAGGAUAUUUCCAUUGAUCAGUAUUUGAACUACAGGCUGCUUGGACUUAAACUCUGUGAAAGCAAAGCCCAAUUGGAUUCUGUCAGUGCCAUACUGGAUAAGGUUUUUCAGGUGUUUACUCGAUAUGAUGACCUUAAUGAGUAUUUGAAGGUUGCAGAUGCUUACUUGGAUAUUGUCCUUCAACUUCAAAUGGGUAACUAUCUGGCGAUCAUUUUAGAUGGUAUUUCACUGCGUGCUUCUAAUAAAAAAGCCACUGAAAAUGAAAUGGAAAGUUUACAAUCCAUUCUGAUUAAGAUUCUUACUCAUUUGAGUGAUUUGGAAGAGGCAUUUGCUUUGAACCAUUUUGUUGAGAUCUUGGAUAUCAUGCACGGAAUCUCACGCAACAUUGUCAAUAUGCAUAUCCUAACUAAAGCAACAAGGAAUGGCUGUAUUCGUGAUCCUGUAACCAUACAGUUACUUUUCGAAAUUUCCCGUGCUCUGCAUGAUAGUAUAGACUUUAGAAGCAUGAAAGAUGAUGUUCAUCAACAGUCGGCACACCUCAUUUCUCGUUUUGUCCAGAUGGUGGACUUUGGAGAUGAUUUAGAAAGUCACUUGACAUUUUUAGUUGAAUGCCGCACGGCUUUUGGUAGUAUCAAUGAGCUUAAGGAAACUCUUGUUCACUCUAGCAAUUAUUUAGCAAUUAAAGCUGUCAAAGAUGCAUCGAAGAUUUUGGGUUUUGUCAGAUCUUGUAUAGCAUUCAAUGAAGUUACAAUACCUUCAAUUUCAGCUCCCAUUGCUCGUUUGAAUCUAUUUCUUGAAACUGCAGAGGCUGCUUUGUUGGGUGGUUUAGUUUCACACACUCAUGGAGUCAUUGAUUCAGCAAUCAGCACUUUGCAAAGUUUGGAGCUGGCGGAUGGCUCUAGAUCAACGAUUGAUGCAGGUGGUGUGCUCUCGUUGACACGGAAAAUAUGCAGCUUCUUAGUUAUGGUUCCAGGUAAUCCUGAAGAAGGAAUCGCUUACAUCCCAAGGAAUAUAUUGUCUUUAGUUAAUUCUCAGUCAUGGAUGACUCCGGCAUCGAGGAUAAAGACAUUUUGUGCAAUUGUUUCUUUAUCAGCAACUUUAUCCCAGAAUAAGCUUCCAUACUGUGCAUGCAAUAGAGAGGUUGUGAGCAAUGACCAACUUUUUUUCGGAGAGCCAUCAUAUUCUCAAGAACUUGUGUCCAUUUCGAGCUUUGCCCUUCAGAAUGUGGUUGAUGGUAUUCAACAGGAGUCAUCCACUGCUGCCCGUGGAAAUAUGGCACUCGAAGCUUGCAAUUGCAUCAUUUCAUCUUUUGAAGCAAGUGAUGAAAUGUCGCUCAUUUGCAAGAAACUGAUUGAGAUUGCAAAGUCUUGUUUGCAUGCCAAUGACAAGUACCUGCGUUCCACAGUGAACUUAGUAGACAAACAGAUUUCAGCACUUACAAAGGAUGUAGCCGCUGCUUUUGUCCAAGAUACACCACACUCUGGGUUCCAGGGACUAAAGUAGGUUUCUUUAUUGGCUACUUCCCACUACUGACGGCAGAGAAGAUAAAUUGUGAUAAAUCCUGUGGCUUUUCUUACUUAUUUUCUCUCCGGCAAUGGAUGAUGCAUUUUAAGAUCCCAAGUAGCUGAAAUUUGCAUUAUGGAGGGCAUGGCUUGUUGAUCAUCACAGAGACAGUGAAAGUUCCAUGGGAUGGAGAGUGGUGCCCAUUGCUAGAGGUAGAGUGCACUCGCAUUUGCAACUUUGCAAGGGAGUGAGUCCUUUUCAGUGAUGGAUAUAUAAUUCGCCACAUCAGAAAUGUUGUUGUUGAGUAGUUUUUGGUUAAUAUUGCAAAGAAAAUAGCAGAUCAUGUAAACCGAAGUACUUGGACAAUGCACCUGUUCAUAGAUUACAGAUUUGUAAAUAUUGUAUCAUCAUGAAUCCACUCCACUCACCAGAUUUCAAAACAAGGGAAAAAUUUUCAAACUGAA